AUGCAGUUGCAAGCCGCCGUCACUUAUAGUUCAAAAGUUGGCAUAACUUGGCCUUUUAUACCUCCUGGAGCACCAAACUUUGGUGGUUUAUGGGAGGCCGGGGUUAAGAGCAUGAAGCAUCACUUGAAACGUGUAAUUAAUCUCACUCCGUUAACCUUCGAAGAAUUUUAUACCAUUCUAAAGCAAGUGGAGGCGUGUUUGAACUCACGACCAAUGACAGCGAUAAGUGAUGACCCUCAAGAUCUAACGGCAUUGACUCCUGGUCAUUUUCUGGUUGGACGAGCAUUAACGGCGAUCCCUGAACAGAACAUUCUCGAUGAAAAACUCGGAUUUCUAAAACGGUGGACAUUACUGAAGCAGGUCCAACAAGAUUUCUGGCGAAGAUGGUCCAAUGAAUAUUUGCAUUACUUUGCAAUAUUACAGGCUCGACGCAAAUGGCGUACUUCUCAGUCAAAUUUUAAAAUUGGACAGCUCAUAUUGAUUCCUGAUGAGCGAUUGCCUCCGAAGCAUUGGGCAUUAGGUCGUGUAGUUGAUACACAUGCUGGUGCAGACGGAGCUGUUCGAGUAGUUACAACUGAAACACAAAGCACAACCCUUAAGAGGCCUAUUACCAAAAUCUCUGUAUUACCCAUUGAUGAACAGGCAAGUAUCGACAUGAGCAUGAAGGACAAUUCUCCCCAAGUAUCUACGCUUCAGACGGUGGGCGGUAAAGAAACAUAA